AGUAUAAGAUCUCCAGUGUCUGUGGCAUGCUUUUUAAGCACAUUUUUUCUCCCAAAGUCAAGACUCUAUGGACCUAUUAAACAGUUGUUAUCUGAAGAGAAGCCUCCAAAAUACAGAGAAACAUCGGAGACUAUUGUGUCCAUUAUAAACUUUUAUGCAAGUGAACAUUACGUCAGUUGAACUUCUUGUCUUGACUUCAACUUUGAUCCAGAUGACAAGAGCAAGUGCCUAAACCCAAUCCAUUGCGGUCCAGCCCUUCAGCCCACUUAUCCUGUUAGCUGAUAAAACAUGGGUCAUCCAAGUAAACACAAUUUUUGUCAUAAAUGAUGUGAAUUAUAAAAAAAAGGGAAAAAAAAGAGAAGGAAAUAAAUUGAGAGGUGCUGAAUGUCUUAUCUUGCUUUGCCAUUGUGUGAACAGUAUUAGACUGGAUGACUGAACAAAGAAAAAUGUACUCCACAUUAGACCCUGCUUAUUGCCGGAAAGUUGAGUUGAAAGCUUUUGAUGACACAAAAGCUGGCGUUAAAGGACUUGUUGAUGCUGGAAUUACCCAAGUUCCUCGCAUUUUCCAUCAUCCAUCUGAUGAACUUAAAAAAAUUUCACAUGAUGCUGCUGAUGACAAAUUCACUUUUCCUAUAAUAGACCUUGAAGGCAUCAAUCAAGGUUCAGCUUUGCGCAAGGAGAUCGUUGACAAAGUACGAAAUGCUUCAGAGACUUGGGGAUUUUUUGAAGUGAUCAAUCAUGGGAUUCCUGUGACUGUCCUGGAGGAGAUGAAGGAUGGGGCUCAUACGUUUUACCAGCAAGAUAUUGAGGUGAAACAGGAGUUUUACUCUCGUGAUCUCACGAAAAAGAUGGUGUACAAUAGCAACUUUGAUCUGUACAAUUCCCCAUCAGCUAAUUGGAGAGAUACUAUUGUUUUUCAAAUGGCACCUGAUCCUCCCAAGCCAGAAGAGCUGCCAACUGCAUGCAGAGAUAUAGUAGUUAAGUACUCCAAGGAAGUUAUAAAAUUGGGAAAUUUACUAUUCCAGUUAUUAUCAGAGGCUCUUGGUCUGAAUCCAAACCACUUGAAAGACAUGGAUUGCGCUGAGGGGCUUAUGGUUCUGUGUCAUUACUAUCCAGCAUGCCCCCAGCCAGAAUUAACGAUGGGCACAAGCAAGCAUUCAGAUAAUGACUUCCUAACCGUGCUUCUUCAAGACCAUAUUGGUGGCCUCCAAGUUCUCCAUCAGAAUCAGUGGAUUGAUGUUCCUCCCACACCAGGGGCUCUGGUGGUUAACAUUGGAGAUCUUCUGCAGCUCAUAUCAAACGAUAAUUUCGUAAGCGUUGAGCAUCGGGUGCUGGCAAACAAUAUAGGACCAAGAGUGUCUGUGGCGUGCUUUUUUAGCACUGCUCUAAUGUCAAAAUCAAGAAUCUAUGGACCUAUCAAAGAGUUGUUAUCAGAAGAGAAUCGUCCAAAGUACAGAGAAACCACAGUGAAAGAAUACGUUGCUCACUUCAAUGCAAAAGGCCUUGAUGGGACUUCUGCUCUGCUGCAUUUCAAGCUCUGAAGUCCAGCAAUGACAAAUAUAUGGGCAUGUAGUCUAAUUAGCACUUCUCAUGGAAUUGAUAAAGAUGAUUGUGGACAUUUUUUAUGGAAUUUGGUAAAGAUGAUUACGAAUAUUUUAAUGGAA